AUGGAGCGCGUCCACGCGGAAGGAACCAUCCAGAAAAACGUCGUCGACGCGCUCACAGCGGCCGUGAAGCAGCGAACAGCCGAAUGCACGGAGCGAGAACGGCAAUUAGACGAAUUAGCUGCGCAGAAAGACUCGCUGGAGAAGCGAAUUCAGCUCUCGCAGGAAGAAGAAGAGAAAAGGAAAGUGGUGAUGGAGAGCCAGACUCUUUCGAUCCAGGCACUCUCGAAAAGCUUGGCGGACGAAAAGGAAAAGCGCGAGCAAAGCGAAGCUGCGUUGGAGGAUUCCAAAAAACGGGAGGAUUUUUUGCGUUCUGGAAUGGCAGCGAUGCAGGCGUCGAUCGAGCAGAUUGAGGUGAUGCUGAACCGGAAUCGCGCGGAAUGGCAGGAAAUGGGGGAAAUGAACGCGAAGGGAAAGAAGACAGAUUCGGUUUUUCAGAAGGCAUUGUCGAUGAAUCAGCUGAAGGAGGAGAAUCGAAAGCUAACUGCAAAACUGGAGAUUGCAAAGAAGCGAAUGACGAACUAUGGGUUAUCGACUGGAGACAUUGACGUGCAUUCGGAAGAGCUGUCCUUUUACAAUCGCAUUUCUGGAUAUAUCGAGGAAUUGAAGAAGAUUUGUAGUCUAUUGUAG